UCGCCAUUCCCACGUGUUCUCUUUCAUCCAGCGGCUGCGGCGCCGGCCCUGACCCAGAUCCUCCGCCCCCAGACUCGACUGGUAGUGCAGCCCCGCAACCUCCUACUGGUGUCGGAUGCGAGAGUCUAUCCUUAAGUGAGAAAUCAGGCCUCACUGGAGACAUUCAAGCAAAGGUUGGACAACUACUUUUCCAGAACAGAAAGGAAACUCAUGCAUCAGAAAAGGUGACUAAUAAACGUACCAAAAGAAUAUGGCUGCACAAAUACCAGAAUCUGAUCAGAUAAAACAGUUUAAGGAAUUUCUUGGAACCUACAAUAAACUUACAGAAACCUGCUUUUUGGACUGUGUUAAAGACUUCACAACAAGAGAAGUAAAACCUGAAGAGACCACCUGUUCAGAGCAUUGCUUACAGAAAUAUUUAAAAAUGACUCAACGAAUAUCUAUGAGGUUUCAGGAAUAUCAUAUUCAGCAGAAUGAAGCCCUGGCUGCCAAAGCAGGACUCCUUGGCCAACCACGAUAGAGAAGUCCUAAUGCAUGGACUUUUGAUGAAAGAUUGCCAACACCUGUUGCACUGGAAAUGAGGAUUCACCUGACAGAAUCCCAUGAAAGCAGUAGCCACCAUGUUAAACAAUCUGUCAUGACUGUUUGGCAAACGGAAAUCACUGGGAAAACAAAAUUGCUAUUUACCAGAAUAAUCAUCAAAAUGGGUCUUAUUGUUCAAUGAAAAUAAUAAGAUGCAACACUUGUUGAGGCCUUAAGAUUCAGCAGCUUGGUCACUUGAUUAGAGAAAUAAACCAUGGUUUCUUCAAUUAUGACUGUUAAUUUUAAAGCAAAAUAUGUGUUCAAUCAUGUAUAAGAUAGAAAAAAAAUUUUUAUUACUAAAAGGAAAAUAAAUGGAAAUAUCACUGAGCAGUUUAUACUAUAUAGUACCAUAGCAUUCUGACUGGAUUGUGGAUACAUUGAAAUGUUUUUCAAUCAGGAUCAUCCUCCAAGUAUUCCUGUUCAUUCAUGUCUGCCUCAAAUUGCUGGUAAAUACAUAAAAUAGUUACUUGCUAAUCAAUUUAA